GGCUAAUCAUAAUGUUUUGCUUUUACACUGAAGUACUGAGGAAUUGGGAUGGCAAAAGAUCUGGAAUCUUCUGGUCAAGAAGAGAACUUAAACAUGGAAGAUAUCAGGAUGAAACUGAACUUAAAACGAAAUAGAUAUCCCUACAGUAUCGUGUGGACACCUAUACCGUGUCUGACAUGGAUUUUUCCUUUCAUUGGUCACAUGGGAAUUGCAAUGUCAUCUGGGGUGAUACGAGAUUUUGCUGGACCAUACUUUGUUUCUGAGGAUGAUAUGGCAUUUGGAAACCCAACCAAGUAUUGGCAACUAAAUCCCACCAAGGUGUGCAAUGUUAAUACAAAUUGGGACAAUGCAGUCUCAGCAGCAUCAGAAGAAUACAAAAAACGCAUGCACAAUCUGUGUUGUGAUAAUUGUCACUCCCAUGUUGCCAUGGCACUGAACCUGAUGGAGUAUGAUCAUUCUCAUCACUGGAAUAUGAUUAAACUUUGUUUUUUGAUGCUUAUCCAUGGCAAAUAUGUCAGCUUUGGUGCAGUCAUCAAGACAUGGUUACCCUUUUUGAUCCUGACAGUAGCUAUCCUCACAGUAGUUUUAGUUUUGCAGUCUAAAGUAAUUUAAAGGCAUCUAUAUUAUUGAAUGUGACUUUCUGUACAAAGUAAAUCUUGAACAACUUCAGACCUUAAUUGACAAUGGAGUAAAACUUGUCUUAAGGCAUUUCGAGGUUAUAACCUUUUUAGCUCCUUUAGAAUUCCUUUAUCACUUCUUGCAUCAACUAUUGGCAAAAAAAGCGAAAAUAUAAGUUAUUCAAGGUCCAAGGGAUUAAAAAAAAAAGUUUUUCGCCCGCCUAUGUUACGGCUUCUGCCAUAUAUUGUAAUUGGUUAUGUUUAAUGUACAGUUGAAAUGGAGAUGGUUCACUGCAGGACAUGGAAAUCAAUGUGCAGCUGAUAACCUGUCCCCCAACUAGCAUACAUCCUGUGUUUAGCUUCAAAUCCAUCUUUGAACAAGCCCCUUAGAAUAAGCAAAAUAGGCAUAAGAAAGUUAUUACUAAUUUUUUUACCUUGCAUAAGGUUUACGAGUGAUAUCACUGUCUCUCAGCAGUUUAAAUAUUCCCCUUCUCAGAUAAGCCUCAGCCCUAUUAAUUUUUUUGCAAAAACGUGCUUAGGGCUUAUUUGAGGACCUAAUAUAGUCUAUUUCAACACCACCUUUAAAAACCAUUCUAUAAAACAUCGAGACAUCAGUUUCAACACAAAUCCCAGCUUGUCUGAUUUUUGAUCUUUUAUAGAGAUACAAUGGUUUGUAAAUGAUUGAAUUUUUUGUAAUAAUUAACAUAAAGAUUAGUUUAUAUGCACUUCUUGAACUAGAAAAAUUUAUUGGAUCAUACACUUAGGGUCACUGCAUCAUUUAGGAGUCUGUUUUCCCACUUAAUUUAAGCAUUACAACUUGAUCUGUUGAUUGUGGAAAAUAUAUACGUAGACAGAGGGAGGGAAGUUUAGCAGGCUUUGUGAAUGUAAGGUACUUGUAGCAAAUGUAAUUUAUUUAGAGCAAUGAUACACUAGCACAAACUGUUACUUGUUGUUUGAUGUUAUCACAUAAGUCUGCAACUAAGGAGAGAAGCUGUCUUCAUAAGGUAAAACGUAUGCCAUGUUUCCUUGGCAGAAAAAGUUAAAUACAUAUAACCAGUAUGUGUACAAUAGUGUGUACAAGAUCACAAGAUGAUCACCAAUACAUGAAGCUGUUGGAUAGCCAAAAUAUGUUUAUUUAAUCUUUCACUGGUUGGAAGAAAUGGGAGGGUUGGAUAGUUACCAAAGCACAAUCAAAACAGAUGUUACCAAAGCACAAACUUGUAUGAAGGGCUACUCAGCUCCUAAGCAUGCUAGUAGACAUUUUUGGUUGGUUGGUUUGCACUUAGCUAUUUUGUUUGAAACAGUGGUGUAAUGGAUGCAUGUUCUUUAACUUAGCCACACUUUAGUUUCCCAAAAUAAACAUCACAUCCCAAGAUGAAUACCAAAUCCAGAAUACCAAUUUCUGCCAAUAUUUUGAAUUGCUCUUUAUCAUACACUCUGGUAUAAAAUAAACAGCUCUCCUGUUAAUAUCCGAGUGAGCUAUACAUAGAUAAAUAAAAAUAGAAACAGAGGAAAAUUGCAUAAAAGGAGAGUAAUUUGGUUUUUUAAACAGUUUAGGAGAUCAAUCUGCAGUUCUCCCUCAGUAUUUGAGAAAAACCUGGAAUGGUAAGGAGAGACCUGAAGGUUAUGCAAAAUAUUCAAACAAAUUGACAAAUGAAUUCUUACAACUGAUCAUUCAAUUCAACAUUUUUCUCCACAGACUGUAGCUGAAAUUCUCAAUGGUAAUGGGGGAAGGGGGUGUUAGCACGAAGAGUGUUUGUUCUAUUUGACUGUGUCAAUGCUAUUUUGUUGUUUUGUCUUCUGUCUGCUUUUGGCAUGGCCUUGUAGAACUAACUUCAAGACAAUUGAAUGUUU